AUGACAAACAAUAUUAUUGUAAAUGACACAAUUUAUUUAAGACAAUUAAUUGAAGGAGAUGAACAAGAAAUAUUUAAUACUAUAAAUCAAUAUAGAAACGAAUUAAGAACGUUUUUAAGUUUUGUUGAUUUUGUAAAAGAUCUCAGUGAUAGUGAAUUAUUUGUUAAAGAGACGUUGAGAAAUUAUCAACAAAAAGUAUUUUCUAUUCGAUUAAAUAAAAAUAAUGAAUUUUGUGGAUUAAUAGGAAUUCAAAGUACUGACUUUACUAAUUCAUGUUGUGAAGUAGGAUAUUGGUUAUCUCCAAAAUUUCAACAUCAUGGAAUAAUGACACAGUCAUUAAGAAAAAUGAUAUCAUUUAUUUUUACAGAACUUCAUUUUCAUAGAAUUGAAUUGAAAGUCGCAAUAACUAAUCAACCAAGUUUAAAUGUUUGUGAACGACUUCAUUUAAUAAAAGAAGGAAUUCAACGAGAACGAAUACUAUUAUAUGGCACUUAUUAUGAUGCUCAAAUAUUUUCAAUAUUACAAAGUGAGUAUAAUUGA